CAAAACUAACUGAAUACAACAUUGAGUGCUACUCUGCAUGUCAGCCUCUCACCCGUCCCACCUAGGCUUGAUCUCCUUAUUUCCAAGCAAGUCCAGGUGUCUCACUAGUGGUAAAUGGAAUAUUUAUUUUAGUUGUUACAGCUGACGGUGGCAAAACACAUUACUGUCUACUUUAUUUUAUUUUUUUUAUGUUAUGCUUUUUCUUUAUUUUGGGCCUUAAAUUUCAAAAGGUUGAGAACCCCUGCUCUAAAGCAUGUAUUAUACGGAUAUUAAAAUUAAAGCCUUAAAUAUUUAGCCAGUUUUAAACUGACCUACAUUUAGGUAUAUAAAAUGUGAUGAUAUUAUAAUAAGUAAGAGUGUGAAGUACCUCCCUGGUUUUACUAUAAUAAAAUCAAUCAGUCAAUGUUUCUAAUUAAUUAAAUUGCUCACCUUAGUUUUUCUAAUAAAUAAUUACAAAUUGUAAUUUUGGCUUUAGUCAUAACAAGCUGUACUUCUGUAACUGAUGACUGAUUAUGAUCACAUUAAUCAUUCAGUUCACUCUCCUGCUUAAUAUUUUAAAGAACUGAAGGGAGCAUUAAAAUCACUGGAACAUAAAGACCAACAGCUGGAGGAUUAUAAAAGACGAAUGGAGAGAGACAAAUGCCUAACAGAAAAUAAAAAAAUGCUUCAGAUGAAGGACAAGACACUGGAAGAGAAGGACACACUGCUCAGAGAGGUGAAAGAAAAAUUAGAUAUAACAAAUUACAUGUUAGAAGAAAAUCAGUCUCAGUUGAGAGAGAAAGAAAGACAACUGGAGAGUGUAAUGAAAGAGCUAGACACCAGUAAAACCAAACUGAAGGAGGGAGACAAAGAGCUGCAGGAGAAGGACAGACUUUUAAAUGAGAGUACUGAUGCACUUAACAUGAAGAAUAAAACACUGGAAGAGAAGAACACACUGCUCAGAGAGGUGAAAGAAGAACUGGGGAAAACAAAGAGGACAUUAGAAGAGAAUCAGACUCAGUUGAAAGACAAAGAGAGACAACUGGAGAGUGUGGAGGAUGAACUGGAAUCCAGUAAAAACAAACUAACUGAACGAGACAAACAGCUUCAGGAGAAAGACAGACUUCUAGAGGAGAAAACAAAGCAGCUGCAGGAACAGACAGAUCCAGAAUCAUCAGCCCCCAUCAGGAGAAGAAACAGCAAGGAAGGGUUACAUCCAAAUAUGAGUGGAGAGACUCAGGACUCAGCAGCACCAAUCAGGAGAAGAAACAGUAUGGUGGGAAUUCGUCCUAAUUGUGGAGAAUCGUCUAGUCCACAUUCUCCAGUGUCGGUUCCUGCAGCAGAACUGAGGCUGGUGCUGCUGGGGAGGACGGGGUCUGGGAAGAGUGCAGCAGGAAACACCAUCCUGAGCAGAGAGGAGAGGAACCAGGCUGCUACAUCUACAGCUACAUCUACAUCCACCCAGCAGAGUGAGAGCACACAGGGGGAGGUGGCUGGGAGGAAGGUGACUGUGGUGGACACUCCUGACUGGUUCUCUCCUGGACUCUCUUUGGAGAAGCGGAGACAUGACGUAGGACUCUGUGUCCAUCUGUCCGCUCCAGGACCCCACGCAUUUCUCCUGGUCAUACCUAUAAAGCAGCCUACAGGAGAGGAGAGAGGGAUGCUAGAGAAAAUGGAGGAGAUUUUUGGAGAGAGAUGUUGGAGAAACACCAUGAUCAUAUUCAGUGUCACUGAUGAACUUCAGAAGAAGAACAUUGAGGAGUUUAUUCAAUCAGGAGACCAGGAGGUCCAGAGACUGGUGGAGAAAUGUGGGAACAGGUUUCACUGUCUCAACAUUAAGGAGAGUGGAGAUGGUUCUCAGGUCUCAGAGCUGCUGGUGAAGAUAGAGAAGAUGGUGGAAGGAAGCAGAGAGAAAUUCUACAGCAGUGAGAUCUACCUGGAGACAGAAGCUCAGAUUAGAGUGUUGGAGACUCAGAUCCUGAGGGAAAGAGAAGAGAAAAGGAUAAGAGAGGAGAUGGAAGUGGAGAAAAAAAUAGAUAAGGAGGUGAAGGACUCUCUGAGAAAAAUGGAAGGAAUAAUCCAGGAGCAUGAAGGAGGCAUCAGACAACUAAAUGACCGAACAACUGAACUGGAGAGAAAGGUGAAAGAAGAGAGAGAUGAAGAGAAAAAGAAAGAACUUGAGAGGGAGCUGAAACGAGAGGAAGCGCGAAGGGCAGAAAUGGAAGAAAAGGUGAAGAAACUAAAAGAAAAGAGAGAGGGGGAGAGGAGAGAGAUGGAGGAGAGGCACCAACAGGAGAUGGAGGAGAUCAGGGAGGCGUAUGAGGGAGAGGUCAGGAUGGAGAAAAAAUUCAUGAAGAUCAUGCUGACUGAACUCCAGAGAAACAUUUUGGCCUCUAAAACAAAGAUGCAGGAAGAGUUCAGCAGACAGAUGGAGGAGAAGAACAGAGAGCUGGAGACUCUUAAACAGAAACUUUCAGACCUCACAGAGACUCAGAGUCUACGUAAAGAGGUUUAUGGGAAAGCUGUGAGCAGCUCAGAGUCAGAGAGCGCAGCUGUAACAGGAGAUGUGUCGAAGGGAAUCUUUCAGUCAUUGACCGACUGUUUUGUCACUGGAUAACAGAGGUUAUAAAGCCACAGACACUUAAACAGUCUGAAAUAAAGACAGGACUGAACUGGGACAAAAAAAUAAAAAAUCAUCCCUGGCCUUUUUGCUCCAGGCAGCUCAACACUACAAUGGAAGUAUUGGUCUAGACGGAGACCACCCAUGUACAGUACAUGUCAGAAAAUUUGGAUAAUAAGAAGGAAUCUAAUAAGAAUAUUCCUGUGCCCUGAGAACAGACCCCUCACUGUGCUUUCUGAUGUCUUAUGUGGUAACACCUUCUAUAUCCUGUACCCAGACGAAUAUACAACCACAUGGCUCUUGUCUGCUAGAACCCUUUUGUUUAAUCAGGAGAAUGUAAAUGUAUUUCCUCUCUCUCAUAAGAAAUAAUAUUAUGCCUCAAUGUGUUUGAUGCCUUUUAUACAAUAGAAUUUUGACAAAAUAAUAUGUGAAUAUAGAAGCACAUUAUAUCUAUUUAUAUUUACAGUUCAUGUUGUCGUACAUCCUCAAAACACUAGUUGCUUCUAUAAUUAGUAUUAUAACAUCUAGAAGCACAAUCACCAGACUGUUAGGUCAUGGGCGGUUAUACAACCAUUUCACUGCAUAUCAUACUGUGUAUAUCAUACAAAUUUGUACUAAAUUUGAAUUCAAACAAAGAAUAAAGUGUCAGAGAACCUACUGAUUUUUACUGUAAGUGCAGAUGGGUUGAUGGUUUUACAGAUGUUUUCUGUCCAUUAUUUGUUUGUUUGUUUUCCUGUUUUGUGUUGGAAUGUUUUCAUUAAAAACUUAAAAAACAUAUUGUGGUGAGAUGCUCUGAGCAAAUCCAUAUUUUACAUAAUUUGAAAGUAUUUUGCAUUCCUAAUCAACACUGUCACGUUGGAGCCAUAUAUGACUUUCAUGUGCUGUGAUCUCAAUAAAAUAGAUAUUUUGUUUA